UUACAAUUAAAUCUUUUAUAAAAAAAUGUAACAAUAAAUGAGUUUAGAAAAACAAGUGAAACCUGAUAAUUAUAUUUUUACCUAUAGAUGACAGUACUGAUCAUAGCAACAAAUAUGUCGCUAUGUUGUUAGUGGGUGACGUUUUUACAGGUUAUUUUAAACGUAGCUGAUAUUUGCUUAUGCAGAAAGUGGAUUUGUAAAGACGCAUUGCUUGCCAUAGGUAUAAUUUCAUGUAAAUAUUAAAUAUUAAGCUGGUGUUUUGACCACAAAAGAAUAUGUUGAACCAAGCUGCCGUGGAAGCCCUAUAUUCAGCAACAUAUGUAGAGAAUUAUCUUGAUUGCGUUGAAAACCUUCCUGAUGAUUUACAAAGACACCUUUCGCGAAUGAGAGAGUUAGAUGUCACAUACCAAGCGUUUUUAAAGGAGGUAGAGCAACAGCAGGAGUCAUCACGACGUGAUUCAGACUUGGCAACAAAGCGCCGCAUCUUACUGCGCAUCCAGCAGACUUUGAUUGCUGCGCAAGAAGUGGGAGAUGAGAAGCUUCAAAUUGUGCAGACAAUUCAGGACCUAAUUGAGAAUAAAGCACGGCAGCUUGAGCUCGACUACAGGAACUUGGACUUUACCAAGGACCAGGAGAACACAGAACCGAACCGGGAGAACCACCACCAUCACCACCACGGUUUGGGGAACUCAAGUGGUGGUGGCGGAGGUGCAUCUAGUGCCGGAGAACGGCAGUCUAAACGCGCCAGACGCUCGCGCACUGAACAGCUGACAACAGGCAUCGACGCUGGCAACACUGCCGAUCUGCUGUCACCACCAGAAGCUGCAUCCACUAGAGGGGGCGGCAGUUCGGGAACCACAUCGGGAGGCACGGGCGGUGGUGGCAGUAGUGAGCGUAAGAAAGGUGGCAAUGCUGGCAAGAAGAAAAAGCGCAAGUCUCGUCAGUCGCAGCAACAACAGCAACAGCAUGUCCAGCAGCAACGAGAUGAAUCGCCACCCCACGAGGAUGAACUUGCUAUUGAUCCAGAUGAGCCCACCUAUUGCCUGUGUGACCAGAUAUCAUAUGGAGAGAUGAUACUAUGUGACAAUGACCUUUGCCCCAUAGAAUGGUUCCACUUCUCAUGUGUAGCCCUUGCCACUAAACCGAAGGGCAAGUGGUACUGCCCCAAAUGUCGGGGCGACCGCCCCAAUGUCAUGAAGCCCAAGGCUCAGUUUCUGAAAGAACUUGAAAGGUAUAAUAAGGAAAAGGAAGAAAAGUCAUAAGUAGCAUCUGGACUUAAGUGGCUGGCAAAAUCUCAAGUAUCUUUUAUCAUCAUUUACAUCAAUUCAUGUGUAGCAUUGCUAUCUUACUUUUCUGUCUUAGAAUCAAUUUUUUAUAAUUUAUGUAUGAUUACCUCACAUUGGGGUUCAAAACUAAUAUUUAAAUUAAUUUUUUAAACAUAACUAAAAUGAUAAGUACUCUCUUCUUCCAGUGCAUACUGAUUAACUGUAUGACAUUUCAACUCUUGCUAGAAGUACGUGCUCAAGAAUUUUAAUAAAGCUUUGGUAAAUUUCA